AUGAACUCGAGCAUCCCGCCGUGGCGUGCGACCGCAUCUGCGCCAUCGGAGAUGACUACACCCGUCCUUCCAAACACUGCUCUGACCCCGGCGUACAUCCCGGUUCAAGCCCGCCGUAGUCUGGCCCACCCUACCCAACAUCAUAACACAGCAACCCAGCCAGCACCGACCGGAUACGGAUAUGCCCAGCCACCACCACCACCUCCUCCCACGGCAGCCCCCGAAUCACGAUCCCGAACCGGGUUUACUCCCGCGGUCCGCAGAUAUGUCCAGCGGUGCUUCGCCCCCGAAAACCAAGUCUCCAGCGUCGACAGCAAGGAAAUGCAAGAAAAAUUGCGGUCCGUCAUCACCGCCGCGGCCGAGGACAACAGAAUGCACUUGAUCGACUGGGAUCGGAUGAUUCUGCCCCAGGUGAUGAUCCAAAAUGAACGCAACAAGAUUUUGGCAAACCCGGACGUCUCGAACUGGGGUUCCUCGGGUCAAUUUUCCACCACUACAGACGCUUCGCGUAAGCGCAAGUCGACCAAUGUCGACAAGACCGAUCUCCCACCGUGGAGACAAGCUAACCAAGGCAAUCGUACUGAAGAUCGAUCCACUUACCCUUCCACAGAGAAGCGCGCACGAAUGACCACAGACGACUCCAGUAAGUCGAAAGCUAAUUUGGAGAUGCGGAAGAAACGGUUUGAGGGUACCGUAAAUUCGACCACGCCCACCACCCCUACUACUCCUGCCGAGCCUCAGCCUGCAAUAGGGCCCGUCAUUGGCCGAUGCGAGACACUGGAGAAGAACUAUUUCCGCUUGACUGCUCCUCCCAACCCGGACACAAAGUGGAAACAGCAAGGCAAUUACACGUACAUCUGUGACCAGUUCAAGUCUCUUCGUCAGGAUCUGGUGGUCCAACACAUCGAGAAUGACUUCACUGUGAACGUGUAUGAGCUUCACGCGCGCAUCGCCUUGGAGAAAGGGGACCUUGGUGAGUACAACCAGUGCCAAACCCGGCUCCGGCGUCUGUACGCGCAAAAGCUGGGCGGGCACCCGACGGAAUUCAAGGCAUAUCGCAUUCUCUACUUCAUUUACACACGGAACUGGACGGCCAUCAAUGAUACACUUGCCGAGAUCACUGCCGAGGACAAGAAGAAUGCGGCGGUCAGUCAUGCUCUCGAGGUUCGGUCCGCACUCGCAAUGGGUAACUAUCACCGUUUCUUCCAGCUGUAUCUGGAUACUCCCAACAUGGGAGCAUAUCUCAUGGACAUGUUUGUCGAUCGAGAACGUUUGUCUGCCCUGGCGGCUAUGUGCAAAGCGUACAAACUCGGAUUGGAACUCCGUUUCAUCACCGAGGAACUCGGCUUCGAGUCGGACGAGCAGGCCGCCCGGUUUAUCCUGGGCAAUUGCCCGGUCGAGGCUCUCGAGGAGAAGAACGGCUCCGUCCGUUUGGUAACCGAGAAGGCCGCCAAUUCCAUCGAGCGGGGCAAGGCCGAAGCCUUCCGCGUUGUCGACAUCAAGGGGCAGAUCUAA